GAAAUACUAAGCGAGAAGAAAAAUCAAAAUCGUUGGUUUGGAGUGUUGACGAAAAUCUAAUGGACGGAAAUUAUUUCACAUUUAUUGCAGGAAAAAGCAGCUCACAGCUUGGGUCAUGUUGGGUGAAUUCCUGAUUUGGAUCGGCGCGAAUCUGGGGCCGGUGGGGUCGUGCCUGCUUGCCCUGGUCAUCCUCCUGCUCAUCUUCUCUUCCGGUGGUCGCCCCAAAAACUUCCCGCCAGGCCUACCAAUACUUCCUGUUCUGGGUUCCUUGCCGUUUACGAAAGGAACAGUCUCAAAGGGUUUGAUUCGCUCCUUGAGGAAGAAGUACGGAGAUGUAGCAAGUUUCAGCAUCUUCAACCAUAAGUAAGUUCUUUCCCCCUCUUCUCUUGUC